CAGCCUCCGGGCUGCUGACGGCUCACGGGGCUCGGGAGGCGAAAGUGAAACCAGGCUGACGCGGCUUUCGGAGGGGGGCCGGGGCGGGCGCGCCCGGGAGCUAGGCGUGCAGGGAGAGGGUGCGCGGAGACGCGGGGGGGAGCCCCCGCCUCGGCCCUCCUCGCCCGCGGGAGGAGGUCGGGGGUCGCGCCGCGACGCCGUAGUGGUCGGGCAACCGCGGCAGAUUAGACCCCGGGGGAGCCCCCCUGGUGCGGGGAACCGCCCGUCCUGGGCGUCCCCAUGCUGCUACCCUUCCCUUGCCGUUUUUCAGUGAGUCUCAUUCUGUACACGCUCCAGCAAACAGUUUUCACCGUGAAGACACCUCUGCUGCAAAGAUGGUCAAUGUACCUAAAACCCGAAGGACUUUCUGUAAGAAGUGUGGAAAGCAUCAGCCUCACAAAGUGACCCAGUAUAAGAAGGGCAAAGAUUCCCUGUAUGCCCAGGGAAAGAGGCGCUACGAUCGGAAGCAGAGUGGCUAUGGUGGGCAAACAAAGCCGAUUUUCCGGAAGAAGGCUAAAACCACAAAGAAGAUCGUACUGAGGCUUGAAUGUGUUGAGCCCAACUGCAGGUCCAAGAGGAUGCUGGCCAUUAAGAGAUGCAAGCAUUUUGAACUAGGAGGAGAUAAGAAGAGAAAGGGCCAAGUGAUCCAGUUCUAAGCGUUGGGAGUCUUGUUCUAUCUUUGAGAGGAAAAUGUGAAAGUUACAGAAAAAUUAUCUGUAUGAGAAUAAAUAGUGAUACUCUUAUCAAA